AAGAGGGUGCUGUCGUUCCCUCCAUAUCCAGGAGACUACCUCCAUCCUGUUGUUUAUGCAUGCACAGCAGUUAUGUUGCUCUGCCUGCUGAUAUCAAUAUUGACAUACAUUAUACACCACAGUGUAAUCCGAAUCAGCAAGAAAGGAUGGCACAUACUACUGAACGUCCUCUUCCACACUGCCAUGACGUUUGGGGUGUUUGCAGGAGGCAUCAAUCAAAUCAAGUACCCCAUCAUCUGUCAAGUGGUUGGCAUCAUUUUGCACUACUCUUCUCUCUCCACCAUGCUUUGGCUGGUGCUCACUGCCAGGAAUACUUGUAGUGAAGUCUCCAAGGCUCUGCCCCUCAAUCAGGACAGGGAUCCACCCAUACAGCACCACCCCAAAUUCACCAUAUUCAGAUUUUAUCUGUUCAGUAGUGGGAUCCCUAUUGUCAUUGUUGGGGUCACAGCUGGCAUUAGCCUGGAUAACUAUGGGAGCAGAGAUGAUGCCCUUUAUUGUUGGAUGGCAUGGGAGCCCAGUCUGGGAGGCUUCUAUGGACCCACUGUAUUCCUGGUGCUGGUCAUGUGUAUGUAUUUCCUGUGCACAUUUGUGCAGUUGAAGCGCCACCCAGAACGUAAGUAUGAACUGAAGGCCAUGACAGAGGAGCAGCAACGUCUGGCUGCUGCAGAAAUCGGCCACUGCCAUGCUGCUAGUGGAGAACCAGGAGAACAGGGGGACCAUUCAGGUUGCAUGGCCAUCACUGCCUCCAUGCUCGCCAAUGAGCACUCCUUCAAAGCUCAGCUGCGGGCCACUGCUUUCACUGUCUUACUCUUCCUGGCCACAUGGGCCUUCGGGGCAUUGGCUGUGUCACAGGGCCAUUAUCUGGACAUGAUAUUUAGCUGCUUAUAUGGGGCAUUUUCAGUCACACUGGGACUCUUUCUGCUUAUUCAGCACUGUGCUAAACGGGAUGAUGUGUGGCACCGCUGGUGGGCAUGCUGUCCUUCUAAACUGAAAGUGGAUGUGAAUGGAGAGACAGCAGGAAGUAAUGAAAUUAAAAGUCACCUUGAGGCAAAGCAACCUUAUGCAGGUAAACCUUUACUCUCCCCACACCUUCUCUCAUCCUCACCACACUGUAAUCCAAGCUCCCUGCCCACAGCUCAGAUCCCCAUGAGCCCAUGCUGCUCCACUUUGUAUAGCUCUUCUCCAGUGCUAGAAGGCUCCGCUCAUUCUCUAUCUCUCCCUGAUGAGUUACCCCGCCCCUCCCUGCCCCUGCAGAGCUGCCUGAAGGACAGGACUAAGUCACGCUCAUUCAGUCGGCCACGGCCCUCCCUCAGGGACUACACCUUACACAUGGCUUCAACCAGCUUGGAUGGAAGUGUGCACAGCUCUCACCUGGAUAGCCCUCACAGCAUGCACUUAGAAAAUCCCAUCACUUGUCAUACCUCACACUUGGAGAGCCAGCUCUCCUGCCAUACCCCUCAUCUGGACAACCAGCUGCGCUGCACCAGCCCUAGCAUCCACAUGGAAAGCCACAGAACACACCUGGACAGCCAGCUGCCUUGUCACGAGGGACACAUCUGCCACAGACACAUGUGCUGUGCCAAGGCAGAAUCUUUCUCCAGCAUUUGCUGUCCCAAAACAGAUCUUUUUUCUGGUGCUUCCCAGGGAGAAGAUACCAGCACAGAUUCACUGAUACACAGCAGCACCAAAAUGACCGAUAAAGAGGAGGACAUUAUGUUGCACUUGGAUAUCCCUCCUCCACGGGCCACUGUGCCAAGCUCUCAGGCUACUCUCAGCAGGAAGGGCACUCUCAGCCAGAGAGGGACGCUGAGCCACCAUAGCAGCCUGCAUGAGGACUAUAUGUUCAGCCCUGAUUCCACAGGUAACAUUAGGACAGGGCCAUGGAAAAAUGAAACCACUGUGUAGCCCUGCAUAUAUCCUGUUUCUUCCCUGAGCUAAACUACUGCUAAACUACUGUGUAGUCCCAGGGCUGUAAUCCAAAGCACCUCUGAAUAAAACUACUGUGUAGUCCUUCCACUAUGCGUUUCACCUGCACACACCCCAGUGCUUCACUUAACCACUAAAUAGGACUUUGUGGCAUUGAAAAUAUUUUAGGUUUCAUACAAUUUGCUGUUCACCAUCAGUAUACCUGCAUGCACCUUGUUUAUCUUUUUGUGCCACUUAAAAUGGUUCCAACAUACACAAAUGUACAUUUAAUUGUUCUAGAGUGAGGUUUCCUAAUGACUUUAGUGUGAGUGAAUAUGUGUUUGGGUGCAUAUGUUUGUGUGCAUAUCUACAUAUUUGCAUGUGGAAAUAUGCAUUCUAGAGUCAGGAUAUCAGUUAAAAAAAAUUUAAGUGGAGUGGAAAUUUAAGUGGUUGAAUUUAAAUUCAAGUAGAGACUUUUUCAGUGGAAAUCACCCUGUACUAGGAGGUUAUGUGUGUGAUUAAAUAAAAUUAACUGGGAAAUUACGGAGUAACUACAAAGUAAAUCAAGUCAAAAUCAUGAUUCAGGUCAUGUUGAUUUGCCAAAAUAUAUGAAAAAUAUCACGCAACCUGGAGUGAACCUGACUAUUCUUGAUGAUGGAGUAAACCUGACAGUUAUUGCUGUUGGAGAUGUUAAUGUAGCAACAACAAUCAACAUUAAAAGGAAAAUAAACAAAUAGUCUUCAGUCUGUUGCCAUGGUGACAGAUAAAGAAGAGAUGUACCAACCAGCAUGAGUUCUUAUACAAUACACAUUGUUUUUUCUCCAAAUCACCCCAAAUCAUUAACCUUUGCGUGACUAUAUGUUACACAUUGAUCUGCUAUUUUAUGUUGCACUGAAUUUGUCAUGCAAUUUUAGUGAAAUAGUGUGUGAAUGGUGGACACAUUAGUUGUUAACAAAUGUAAACCAAGUUGUUGAUCAUCAGCAGUUUUUAGAUUGUUGUUUUAGAGAAUACAUUCUUCAGAUUUGUCGGCCACCACAUUCCCAAAGACUUAAUUCCCCAUGUUUUCUUCUUCAUUAUUUCUUAUCAGUGUCAACCCAAAUGAUUGUCAAUCAACUGAGUACAGAAGCUGGCAAGAAGGAAGAUCUUGUCUGAAAUUAACGCUUAUUUUAAUGUGAAAUGUUAACUAAAAUAACUGUAACAUUAAAAUAAUGAAAAAGAUAUUUGUCACCAUCAUAGAGAAUAUAGCAGUAACUUCACAUUUUAGAGCUCAUAUCUAGUGUAGAAUUGCAAUCUGUCACACACAACCCACCACAUUAAGUCUGUGAGGUAUUAUCUGGCUUUGGCUAUAUAAUAUGAAUGACAAUGAAAUCAAAUGUCAGUGUGGUUAUUUGGAAUAGUCUACCCACUGUUUUUGUCAUGUUGUGCUUCUCUGUGAGCUCAGGGAUCAUGUCUAAUUUUUUCACCAGUUACAUGCCACAUAUACUGUAAAUGCAUGCAGUUACUGUACCUCCUACACCUUAUUAACCACACUACAGGUCGUUAAAAGGAAAGCAAAAAUAAGAAAAAACACUGUCUUAAUCUAACCUUUAAGUCUACAGAUUCAAUCAAAUGCCACUGUAUUUUACUUUGAGUUCUGGAAAGGAAAUAAAAUUUGUCCAACUGUAUUUUGAUCUGUGUGCCAAUCAGUAUUUACAUCCACAUCUUUUUGAUAGAACAUGAAGUGCUGCAUUACUCUUUGGAGAAAAUACGAGAUUUACAGUAUGUUGUGACCUAACUCAA